GCAGAGUGAUUGACCUCUCCAGUUCUGCACGCACUGCCACGUUAGAAGCGGCAGAGACAAAAUACAGGCGACUGUAACCGGGAAAUAGAGAUAAAACCACGUUAAGUGUCUGCCUGUGCAUCAGCCGGCUUUAGUUUGAAAAAUUGCCUUUUUUUCUCUGCCGCUAAGUGCAACCAUGUUUAAGUUUUUGUUACUCUUUACGUUAGCUGUGGCAAGCAGGGCUGAUAUUGGCGAAGAGGAAGAUGUUCUUGUAUUGAAGAAAAGUAACUUCGAUGAGGCUCUGAAGGCGCAUCCAUACAUUCUGGUGGAAUUUUAUGCGCCAUGGUGCGGCCACUGCAAGGCGCUGGCGCCCGAGUUCGCCAAGGCGGCGGGCAUGCUGAAGGCGGAGGGCUCGGAGAUCAAGCUGGGCAAGGUGGACGCCACCGAGGAGUCUGACCUGGCGCAGGAGUUUGGCGUGCGCGGCUACCCCACCAUCAAGUUCUUCAGGGGCGGAGAGAAGGAGGCGCCCAAGGAGUACAGCGCUGGCAGGACGGCCGAUGACAUCGUUAACUGGCUGAAAAAGCGCACGGGUCCCGCUGCCACCACCCUGGCAGAGGUCUCCCAGGCCGAGUCCCUGAUGGCCGAUAACGAGGUGGCAGUCAUCGGCUUCUUCAAGGAUGCUGAGUCUGACGGUGCCAAGGCCUUCCUGAAGGCUGCCGAGUCCGUCGACGAGAUUCCAUUCGGCAUCACCUCCGACGAUGCCAUCUUCGCCAAGUACGAGAUGACCAAGGAUGGCGUCGUGCUCUUCAAGAAGUUUGAUGAGGGCCGCAACACCUUUGACGGUGAGCUGACCAGGGAGGCGCUCCUAGCCUUCAUCAAGGCCAACCAGCUGCCCCUCGUCAUCGAGUUCACCGAGCAGACCGCUCCCAAGAUCUUUGGAGGAGACAUCAAGUCCCACAUCCUGCUCUUCGUCCCCAAGGCAGCUUCCGACUUCCAGGACAAAAUGGACCAGUUCAAGAAGGCAGCGGAGGGCUUCAAGGGAAAAAUCCUGUUCAUCUACAUCGACAGCGACGUGGACGACAACCAGCGCAUCCUGGAGUUCUUCGGCCUGAAGAAGGAGGAGUGCCCCGCCAUCCGCCUCAUCACGCUGGAGGACGAGAUGACCAAGUACAAGCCCGAGACCAGCGACAUCACCGCCGACAACAUCAUCUCCUUCUGCACCGCCUUCACCGACGGCAAGCUCAAGCCCCACUUGAUGAGCCAGGACAUUCCCGAGGACUGGGACAAGAACCCUGUCAAGGUUCUGGUCGGAAAGAACUUCGAAGAGGUGGCCUUCGAUUCCAGCAAGAACGUCUUCAUUGAAUUUUACGCCCCAUGGUGCGGCCACUGCAAACAGCUCGCCCCUAUCUGGGACCAGCUGGGCGCCAAGUACGAGAAACACGGGGACAUCGUGGUGGCCAAGAUGGACUCCACCGCCAACGAGAUCGAGGCCGUCAAGGUCCACAGCUUCCCCACGCUCAAGUUCUUCCCAGCCGGAGACGAUCGCAAGGUCAUUGACUACAAUGGUGAAAGGACAUUAGAUGGCUUCUCAAAGUUUUUGGAGAGCGGAGGAAAGGAGGGCGGCGCCCCAGCUGGAGACGAUGAUGACGAGGGAGAGGAAAUUGAUGAAAUGAGCGACAUCGAGGAUGAUGACACAGGUGACCAUGACGAGUUAUAAGAUCGGGAGCAAUGUGGGACGCAGAAGCAGAGAUGAUGACCCCCACCCACCCCCCUACAACACAACACAACACACAACACAACACAACACCCCCCCCAAACAACAUCACCACCAAUUUACCACAGUCAACCGUGACCUCCUCCCUCCAUCAAACCAAAACCAAACCAAACUACCCCUCCCUGUCCUGUCCUGUCCUUUGAACACUAAAUGCCCAUCUGCCCUUGCCCAGCAGCUGAGCAGCAUUGUACAGUAGGAUCCACCACAGAUGCCACCACCCCAAAACGAACCUCAUCUUCUCCACGAAUCAACAACAAGGGCCCAGAAAGACUGCUUUGUGUUCUCCAGCAGGCAAAUCCACCACCACACGGCAACCAACCAAUAGGAGUGCUGUUCUGUUCUGUUCUGUUUGGGACCUCAUUUUGAUGUUUGUUCAUUUUUUUUAGUUGUGGCCAUGUUCAUUACUUCGUCAUACAAGUAUUGAAUCAAUGUCACAGGUCUGGUUUUCUUUUUUUAGAUAAAAAGUCAAAUGUUCAUAAGUUCAGCCCCACACAUCCAUCAUGCCAGUACUGUGAUCUGUAAUCUUGUAUGGGUGAGUCGCCGGCAGAGAUAACAAGAGAACGCCAGUAAUCUGUAUUAUAUUCCUUCUGCUAAAUUCAAUCUGGGGUAGAUUACGGGCAGAAAUGUGGCUUGUGGAUGGACUAAAUCUCUCAGGGCUCUGGGGUCACGCAUAGAUCUUACAAACUUAUAUAAAUAUAUAUACUGUAAAAGGUUGAGUAGAAAGAGUGUUAUGCUGUGAGCAGUCAACAUGUUGAUGUAGCUAACCAAUCACUUGGUUCUAUAUUUUUUCACAUAUCUCUAAGGUCUCCCAUUGUUGGUCUGUUCAGCGUCUUCUUUUUUUGCUUUGUUUUCUUAACUGGGCUACUGAACCUUUUUUUAAAAAGAGAAAAAAAAAUCAAGAGAACACUUUGAGAGCUUAUUUUAUUUAAUUUUUUUAUUAUUAUGUAUAAUCUGUUCUCGGUAAUUCGUAUAGUAGUGGUGGCCCAGUCAGCCCCAGCCGCACCAAGCACUCUGUGUUGGUAUGGCCCACCGUGUUGGAUCCAGGUCUCCCAGAUUCCAUUCUCUCAUUGGGGAUCAGUGGUUAAAAAAAAUAAAUAAAUAAAAGUAAAGUAAAAAGGGGUGAUUUGCAGUGGCCGCCUUUCCAUUCCAUGUCCCUGUUGCACUGACGUUCAGAAACCCACACCCGCCAUCUUGUGAGAUUUUAUUUUCUCUCCUCCUCAGCAGUUACUGAAAAUGGCUGACGUUGAAACCUAUUGUGUUAUCAGUGUUGUUGUUAGUUCUUUGGGAAUACUCACUGUGCAACAGACAGUCCUUGAGUCCAGCCUGCGUUCCUCUCACCCCCGGCAGACAGCCACCUGCUAUUUCACCCCACAUCCCAUCCCAUCCCAUCCUAUUCCCCAUCAACCUAACCCUCCAUUAAUUCUGAAGUCACGUUUGUUCUCCAGUGGUGGGGCCCUCCGCAAACAGGGAAGGUUCUGGGUGUGUGUGUGUGUGUGGUCAUUAUUACAGGGAGGGGCUGAGUGAGUGAGUGAGUGAGUGUGUUUGUGUGUGUGUGUGUGCGAAUGUACGCGAGUGCACGUGAGUUCUGCUUGUUUCCCUUAACGUCCAAGGGCAGGGGUGCGAAUGUAAAGGGUUAUUUUUUUAUGCGUGUUUGGGGUUUUGUUUUUUGUUUUUGUUUGUUUGAUUUCCUAUGGGGGUUUUAUUUUAGAGGGAGGGAGGGUGGAGUGAUCUGAACAGGGUGGGUGGGUCCGUGGUGUAGGGGGAAACGGGUUUGUAAAGUAUUUGAUGAUGAGCAGUUUCGGAAGUACGAAAAUGUAAAAUAAAAAGCAUUCCAUCACAUUCAAAAACAAAUCGAACAUGGAGAAGUGAAAACUGGUGGCCAAAUAAAGAGGAAAAAAAUUGGAAA